GAGAGAGAGAGAGAUUGGUUGGUGAGGAGGAGGGGAUAAGUUUGAUUUGGGACUCUGCUCCUCCGCUCCUCCGCUGGUAUCCCAGGAAUGUGUUGAUCAUGGCGGCCGCAGUGAAGCCCGUGAAGAGCGGACUGCUGGAGCUCCGCGUUACCCUGCACCACUGGAUCCGUGUGCUCGCCGCUCUCAGCGAGGACUCGUUCACCGUGAGCCCCGGAGACACCGCCGAUGAGCCCGCGGCCGGUGGGGCUGUUAACGGCGAUCCGGCGAACCCCAGCGCCUCGCCGGUACCGGACACCAUCACGAACGUCAAACGAACCGUCAGAGUCACCAAACAAGAAGUUGGAGGACUCGGAAUAAGUAUUAAAGGUGGUAAGGAGAAUAAGAUGCCCAUCCUGAUCUCAAAGAUCUUCAAAGGACUGGCGGCGGACCAGACGGAGGCUCUUUACGUGGGCGAUGCGAUUCUGUCCGUGAACAGCUACGACCUCAGAGAGGCCACUCAUGACGAGGCUGUUCAGGCCCUGAAGAAAACUGGCAAGGAGGUCAUUCUGGAAGUGAAGUAUAUUAAGGAGAUGUCGGCGUUUUUUAAGGGCGGAUCGACGACGGGACCCCCGGUGCUCGAUUCUCCUCCAGCCAGCCCACAGAAACAGACGGACCCCGCGCUAAAAGAGACCCAGACCAUCCCGCUCCGAAUGUGCCACGUGACACUCAAACAGUGCCCGCCGGACACAGAGGACAGGUAUUUUGAGGUGGUGUCGUCAGACAGGAAGAAGGCUGUGUUUCUGCGGGCUAAAGAUCACGCCAUGGCUCAGACCUGGUAUAACGCCAUCCAGACCGGAAGUGCAGCGUUACUGAGCAGUGCUAAAGCUGAGCUCAAAGCCCUGCAGACCAGUCUGGACGUCACGCACAUCGGCUGGAUCAUCGAGCAGGUGAGGCUGGUUCACUCUGGCCCGGGCAAGACUUCAUCAGUGCACGACUCUGAGCUGACGUUCGGUCUGCGUUUGGGCACUAAGCAGGGAGUGGAGACGCAUCUGUUCAGAGUGGACACGGCUAAAGAUCUGUCCAGCUGGACACACCUGCUGGUGGAGGGCUGCCACAGUGCCGCCGAGCUCGUGCAGGAGGUCACCACAGCGUGCAGCUGGAACGGGAAGUCGUGUAUGUUGAGCGUUCACAUAGACAAGGGCUUCUCUCUGUUCACGGAGGAGGCCGGCGUCAGGAGAACCGUCCUUCUCCAGCAGCCCUUCGAGCGUCUGCGCAUGUCUUCAGAUGACGGCGUCCGCAUGAUGUUCCUGGACUUCGGAGGCCCAGAAGCCGAGAUUCAAUUGGACCUUCACUCCUGCCCUAAAAGCAUCGUCUUCCUCUUUCCUGUCGGCCAAGGUCAAGCGACUAGGGCUGUUGGCAUGACGACGCCUCCUCAGGACAAACGCCAUGACGACGGAAGUGACCGGUGGACCACUGGACAUCAAGCCAAAUCUUCCCUCACAGACUGUCAGCCAUUCACUGAUGACUUCACCAUGUGUUCCUCGUAACGCUGACCUUUUAUUCGUUAUCAUUUUAUUGGUUUGUAUCUCAGAUAAACUUUAUGAAUGUAUAAAACAUAAUCACAUAAUCAUACGCUAUGAGAGCAGCAACAGAAACAAAGCAAGAGAUUAAACUCUGUUCCAGAACCUACACAGGCAGCUGUCUACUAAGGGAACGUCUAGACUGAACUGAUUUGAGACACUGGUGUUUGCUAAGAUAAUGCUGCAAUAGUAAGUGUCAGAAUAUGCACAAAAU